UAACCCAGGUUUUCGAUUACCCUCUCACUACCCUUGCCCUAUAUUCACCCGCCUAAGCUUCUUCUUCCUGUCUUGCGAGCAGUCAGUCAAUCACAGCAGCAGAAAAUUAAGGUUUUCUUUGAGCGCUUCUUCUCUUUUUCUCCUUCCGAUCAAUCAGCCAUGGGUGACAAAACUGAAUUCGAUUCUCCCCAUAACCAGAUCUCCAAAGAUGUGCAAGGACCCAACAAUUCCAUCCCACUUUCACCUCAGUGGCUCCUGCCAAAGCCAGGGGAGAGUAAGGCUGGGAUAGUUACCGGGGACAACCAUCUCGGUACACAUCCCGGUUAUGCUAUUCAUUCUGAGUUAGCAAAAUUUCCAGGGAUGGGUGACGAUACAAAUGAUAAUCAAAAGAAGAAAGAUGUUUUUAGGCCAUCUGUGCUCGAUAUGGAACCCGGUCGACGGGACCGCUGGCGUGAUGAAGAAAGGGACACCAAUUCUGCUGUUCGAAGGGACCGCUGGAGGGAGGGAGAUAAGGAGCUUGGUGAGGGCCGCAAGGUGGAACGCUGGUCUGACUCUUCUGGCAGAAAUCAUGGAGAAGGACGACGUGUUCCAGGUGAAAGAUGGACUGAUUCUGGAAAUAGGGAAAGCAAUCACGAUCAGCGUCGAGAGAGCAAGUGGAACACGCGCUGGGGGCCUGAUGAGAAGGAAGGUGAUGCUGUGCGUGAGAAAUGGAGCAACCCUAGCAAAGAUGCUGAGAUGCAUCUUGAAAAGGGGUCUCAAGGUCUUGCCUUUUCUGGAAAGGAUGAGAGAGAGGAUGACCACUAUCGGCCAUGGAGAUCUACGUCUCACGGCCGAGGAAGGGCAGAAUCUCUUCAUCAGGGUUCGACGCCAAACAAACAGGUUCCUACAUUUUCUCAUGGCCGUGGACGUGAAGAUGGGGCCACCACUACUUUUUCUCUUGGUAGAGGUCGUGCUCUCUCUGGAGUGAGCCCCGUGAAUAAAGGCUCUCCUCAUUUGCAGUCAUUUGGGUCAUUCUCAGAGAAAGCUGAAAGUGUGUCCUCUCCUUUACGAUAUAGCCGGAUAAAAAUGCUUGAUGUGUAUAGAGUGAUAGACAUGCGGUCUUGUAGCAAGUUUUCAGAUGGGAUUGUGCAAGUUCCUUCACUUACACAAGACGAACCUCUGGAACCUCUCGCAUUAUGUGCACCCAGUCCUGAGGAAUUGGGUAUCUUGAAGGGAAUUGAUAAGGGGGAUGUUCUGAGUAGUGGAGCUCCGCAGGUUACUAAAGAUGGAACAUUAGGUCGAAACUCAACUGAUUAUACGCAGCCAAGGCGUAACAAACUAGGUAGCAGAGAAGAUUUAUCACUUGAUGAUUCCAGAGAAGAAAGUAUUGACAAUGCCAAAGUAGAAGACAAUAUUCCUCAUAGAGAAAGCGAGUCUGUCAAUAGAGAUCCAAGCACACCAGGACACACACCUGGUCUCCACGGUGGCAUAUGGCGGUCUCCUUCAAUUGGUGCACGUUCACAUAUGGUGGCUAAUGAUGCUAGGGAAAGGCCAUCCGAUGUCAGGCCAAAAACAUCUGACAUUGGCUGGCUACAGAGCCAGAAGGAUAAGAAUACAGAAUGGGAAAGAGAUUUCACAGAUCCAUCUUAUGCCAAAGAUGAAGGAUCCAAAUGGCAGUUUGGAGAUACUGUUCUCAAAAGGCAAUUGUCUGCAGUCAUGGACAAAGAGUUGGAAACGAGGAAACUUUCACAGUCAUCUCCGGAGGACCUAGUUCUAUUAUACAAAGAUCCACAAGGUGCUAUUCAAGGUCCUUUCUCAGGUAGUGAUAUUAUUGGAUGGUUUGAGGCUGGAUAUUUUGGCAUAGAUUUGCAAGUUCGAUUAGCUGCUGCACCGCCUGAUUCACCAUUUUCUCUGCUGGGGGAUGUUAUGCCCCACUUGCGUGCUAAGGCUCGGCCACCACCUGGAUUUGGAGCACCAAAGCCAAAUGCAGAUGCUCCAGGGGGGUUGAACCUGAGCAGCUUCACAAAACUUCAUGCAGGUUCAACUGAGAUUGAUAAGGUAAAGACAGAACUGAAUUACAAGCAUUCAGCAACAGAGGCUGAGAAUAGAUUCUUGGAAUCGCUGAUGUCUGGCAAAGUGAGCCAUGCACCGCUUGACAAGUUUGCUCAGUCUGAAGGCAUUCCGGCUUAUGCUGCAAAUAGUACUGGUGCCGUUCCUCCUAUUGUAGCUGAAAGUGGAGAUAAUCUGUAUCUCUUGGCUAAAAAGAUGUCUCUUGAGAGGCAGAGAUCUCUACCAAAGCCCUUUCCUCUUUGGCCUGGGAGAGAUGCACCAUCUGUUGUUCCAAAUGUGGAUAAUGUUCAGGAUCCUUUGCCUCAUUCAAAACUGCCUUUUAUGGCUGAACAUGUUCGUCAGCAGCCCCAUAAUCAGAAUGUUGAUUUAAUGUCUCUACUUCAGGGUGUACCAGACAGAUCAGCUGGCAUUAGUAGCGGUGUUAGUGGAUGGUCUAAUUUCCCCGUCCAAGGGGGAUUAGAAUCGCUACAGGAAAGGAUGGACAUGCAUCAAGGUCAGAGUAUGCCCCCUCAAUCUGCAUUUGGAAUGCAACAACAAAGGCUACACCCGCAGAGUCCACCUAUGACCAACUUACUAGGCCAAGCCAUGGAUAAUACUUCCAACAUUUUGGCUACUGAGAAGCUACUUUCAUCUGGCGUUCAAGAUCCACAGUUGUUAAAUCUAUUGCAACAACAGUACUUGAUGCAGCUACAGUCUCAGGCAGCACUAGGAGGACCGCAGCAAUUGUCAUUGUUAGACAAGUUGUUGAUGCUCAAGCAGCAGCAGCAGCAGCAGCAGAAACAGGAGGAACAGCAGCUAAUGUUGCGCCAGCAGCAGCAGUUGCUCUCGCAGGUGCUGUCUGAUCCGCAUCCUCAUCAGCGAUUUGGUGAACAACCUUAUGGCAAGUUGACAACUCCUGGCAUAUCUGCGGGAAAUGCUACUGUGGAUCCUACUCGUUUCCAGCCUUCACCUAAUUUGUUUUCAAUGAAUACACAAGUACAACAUCCAGUCAUGGAAGAAGCUCAUGCAUCAAACUUUGUCUUGCCCCCGAGCAUUUCUCAGGAUGUCACCCAAAUAGGUAGUUUUGAGACCUCAUCAUUGCACUUGCCACAUCAAAUGUUUAAAGAUGCUUCCAGUCAGAGGAGUUGGGGUUUUGAGGAACAAAUUGAUGAUAUUCAACAAAAGGUCUCAAGGAUGGAAACAGCCAUGAUUGACCCAUCAUCACAUACAGAAAUUGCCAGCAAACAUCCCCUAGAGGGCGCGGAAAACAACGAACCUCUGGCUGUUACCACUCCUGAAAUUGCCUCUCAUUUUCCGCUUAUUGAGCAAGUAGAAAAGUCUGUUAUACCACCACCACCACCAGCUGUUGAUAAUGACCUCCAUCAGAAAAACAAACUUGAAUCACCGCCAGCUGCAAUUCCCUCGGAGCCACAGGUUGAAAGAGAUCCACACAAUGGGCUUUCUGUCACAAAGGAACUGAAAAGUGUUGAACCGCGGGAAGUAAAAAAAUCAUCUGAAAAGAAGUCGAAGAAGCAAAAGUCCACCAAGGGGCAAGCUUCUGACUUAACGAAGGGAGCUUCUAAGUUGCAGCCAUCAAAGCCCUUGCAAUCUGAUGCCGUGAUUGCUUCUGAUGCCAAAUCUGAUGCACAAUCUGUUUCAGUCGAAAAAACUACAGCUGUAGGUCCAGAAAAAAGAGAUAGCAAAACUGAAGUAGCUUUUGCUGAUGUUGUGGGCGAAUAUCCAGGGCAAAACCCAUUGUCUGCUCACGCAACUGUGGAGACAAAAGGUGAAACAGGGCAAAUUCCACCAGUUUCACAGUUCAACACGCAAGUACAGUCUGGACAGCGAGCUUGGAAACCUGCUCCUGGUUUCAAGCCAAAGUCAUUGUUGGAAAUUCAAGAGGAAGAGCAGAGGAGAGCACAAGCAGAAAUAGCUAUUACGGAGGUUGCCACAUCCCUCAGUUCCUUGAGUGUAUCUACUCCGUGGGCUGGGGUUGUUACUAAUUCAGAUCAUAAAUUAGUUAGAGAUACUCAGCAAGAUGCUUCCGACAAUAGUUUGAGUAAGAACAAUUCAGAUGUUUCUCUCAACCAAAAGAGUAAGAACAAUUCAGAUGUUUCUGUCAACCAAAAGAGUAAGAAAAGUCAAUUGCAUGAAGUACUGGCUGACAACACUUCGGCCAAGUCAGGCGAAAGAGAGAGAGAUUUUCCUGAUAUGACAUUUGUUCCACCUUCUGUACCUGUCAACGACGAUGACAACUUCAUUGAAGCUAAAGACACUAAAAAGAGCCGCAAAAAAUCUGCAAAAUCUAAGGGUGCAGGUGCAAAGGUCUCAGUGUCCACUGCUGCUUCGGAAGUCCCUGUUGGAUCAAGUCCUAUUGACAAAGUCAAGAGCUCGCGCCAGGUACAACCAGACAAGGAAGUACUACCUGCUAUACCAUCUGGUCCUUCGCUAGGAGAUUUUGUUGUUUGGAAAGGUGAGGCUACAAGUCCUGCUCCUAUUCCUGCUCCAGCAUGGUCUACUGACUCUGGGAAACUCUCAAAACCCACAUCUUUAAGGGACAUCCUAAAGGAACAAGAAAAAAAGGUCUCUUCUGGACAGCAGCAUAUACCAGUGCCAACUCAGAAAUCUGUGCCAAAUCCACCUGCCAGAGUGGGUGGUCCAUCAUGGUCUGCCACUGGUUCGUCGCCUGCCAAGACUGCAUCUCCUAUUCAGAUUCACUCACAAGCUGGCGCUAAUUCAAAGAAUAAAGUGGACGACGAUCUGUUCUGGGGCCCAGUAGAUCAUCCUAAGCAAGAGACAAAGCAGUCUGAAUUUCCUCAGCUUGGAAAUCAAGGCAGUUGGGGAAGCAAGACCACACCAGUGAAAGGAAAUCCUGGUGGUUCAUUGAGCAGGCAAAAGUCUGUUAGCGGUAAGCCCGCAGAGCGUUUACUAUCAUCGUCUCCUGCAUCAGCUCACUCGUCCCUGAAAGGGAAGAAGGAUGCUCUAACAAAGCAUUCAGAAGCAAUGGAUUUUAGAGAAUGGUGUGAGAAUGAAUGUGACAGACUCAUUGGUACAAGAGAUACCAGCUUUCUGGAGUUCUGUUUCAAGCAAUCCAAAUCAGAGGCUGAAAUGCUUCUAAUUGAGAAUCUUGGCUCUUAUGAUCCUGAUCAUGAGUUCAUUGACAAGUUCCUCAACUAUAAAGACUUUUUGCCUGCGGAUGUUUUUGAGAUGGCCUUCCAGGGUCGGAAUGUUCGGAAGGUCACUGGUGUAGAUGCCAGAGAUGUGACUUCUGACAGCGUUGGAUUUGACCAGGGUAAUUCAAGUGUGCAGGAUGGGGCCACAAAAGGAGGAAAGAAGAAGGGUAAGAAGGGGAAGAAGGUUAACCUUUCAGAGUUGGGCUUCAAUGUGGUUAGUAACCGGAUAAUGAUGGGAGAGAUUCAGACUGUGGAAGAUUAGGUAGAAUGAGGAAUGGUACAUACUUUGUGUUGAGAAUGUUUGUAAAUGAUUUAGGAUUAUCGAGCAACAGAAGCAGUACUAUUUAAUCUGCUCAAAAGCAAUUUUUGUGAUACAAUUUCUGACUUUAGGUCUUCUAAAUCAGGUUCAAUCAGGAGUAAACCUAGAGCUUUUUUUCGUGUUUGUCCUUCACCAGAAGUGUUUUGUAAUAUUGAACUUUGUAAUGCAUCCUGAGAGUGAUGCUUUAGCUGAUGUGGGUUCAUUAAUCUCCCUGCAUUAUCAUUUCCUUUUUA